AUGUCCUCUAAUACUAGUUUCAGCAACAAGUCUUCAACAAUCAACAAUUCUGCGGAUUUCCAGACCUCCCUUGAUAUAUGGAUAUAUUUCUCUCCGGUCCUUUUAGUUGUUGGUGCUUUUGGAAAUACUGCCAGCAUUUUCAUUCUAACACGCCGAUCCUUCAGGAAGUCUACCUGUAUGUUCUAUCUAACAAUGUUGUCAGUGGCAGACCUGAUGGUUCUAUAUACGGGAUUGCUACGGUUUUGGAUUCGCUCUGCAUUCUCCGUCGAUAUUCGCACCUUAUCGAUAUGGAGCUGUAAGAUUCAUGCUUUUCUGGUGUACUUUGCAAUGGAUUUUUCUUCUUGGGUUUUGAUGACAGUCACCCUUGACAGAUUUGUUCUAGUUUGUUUUCCCUUCAAAGCACAUCUUUUUUCCACAAUGAAGAAGGCCCCAUACGUCGUACUGAUUUUGGUGUUAGUCUUAAUUUCUGUCAACAGCCAUUUUUUUGCCACGGUUACUAUUAAAAAUUCAUCAUGCACAUACGAAAACGAAAUAACCAUGAAGGUAUGGCCUUGGGUGGACUUAAUUGUGUGUAAUCUAAUCCCAUUUUUAGUCAUGCUGGUGUGUUCGAUUAUGAUUUCUAGGAAAGUUCUUCAAACAAACAAACGUGUUGCUGCCCAGAACACACCAUCUGUGCCUGAAGAAAGUGUAAUUCCAUCAAAUGACAGUAGAAGAAUUCUGAAGACUUCUUCGAUUACUAUCAUGCUCCUGAUCAUAAUUUUUUCUUUCUUCUUGUUAACUCUUCCUCUCGUUGUUUUUAAAAUUUCCCUGCCAUACUGGAUUCAGGUGGUCACCAAUUCAGAACUACAAAUGUUAGAACUGGUCCGAACAAUAUUCAGCAUGUUACAGUACACAAAUCACGUGAUUCAUUUCUUUUGUUGCCUCAGCGGAAGACGAUUUCGUCGAGAGGUCAGGGGUAUUACAUGUUGCUAUGGGAACUGA